AUAUUGCUGCACUGGCUGGUAUCUUGACGUUCCGGAGGCCUGAGUGCUCAUUAGGGGGAGAAAAUGGUCAGGGAGUCAUCAUACAUCCACAUGAGAGAAAGAGAGAGCCUGUGUGGUGAGCAAUUCCAGGUCCUUUCUGAACUUUAAGUCUUUGGUUCUUGUUAGCUGCGAAGGCUUAACCACUGAUGGCCUCACUGCUAUUGCUGCCAAUUGUAGAGAUAUCUCACCCUGCUAGAAAGCCUUAUUGUUUGGCAGAGUUGACUGGGCAGCCUUCUUGUUCAACAGAGUUGACUGUGACUCGGGAUGUGAUAAACCAUUCAGGAUACUCUAAUGGAAAGCUGCCUCACAAAGCUUGUCAAAGGAAUGAGAAAGUUGCUAUAUCCCUAGGCCAUGAUAGUAAGGUGAUGAACUUGAUUGGCGAUGUAAAAGGAAAAGUUGCUGUGAUGGUAGAUGAUAUGAUCGACAUUGCUGGAUGGUGUGCAUUACAUGGCAAUGAACACACUGUGAUUAUAUUAAGGAUGUGACUAUAGCAGGCAAUGGACAACUGACUAUAUUAAGGAGCUGUAAAGUACCCGGCCAUUGUAUGAUAUAGAAAACAGCCAAAGUUGACAGAAAGAGAGAGAAGACAAAUGUACAAAUGACCCUCCUAUAUUAGUUCUGAUGCUAUUGAAGAAACUCUAGAAGAUAUUGAGAGUGUGGAGCUCCUCAAACUUCAAGCUCCUUAGACUCCAAUGAGGCCGUGAGAGUAGCAAAGGUUGCAAAGCUAGACACUCUAAGUAAAUUUCUCUAUGUAUUUUGCCAGGAGAGUACUAUUAGAUGUACUCCUUUUGUGGACAAAAGAUUAUCUUUGCACAAUCCAUUUUGGUGCAUGAUGUGGAUUAUAAAAAUUUCUUUUAUAUAUUAUAUAUAUAUUG